UGUGAUUGGCUGGCGGUACACGGGGCGCUGUGAUUGGUGGCGGUGUCGCUCCGGGCUCCUGUGUUCUGUCAGCAUGGCGGUGAUCGCUCCGCUGCUCGCUCUGGUGUACGCGGCCCCCGGGCUAUGGCGCUGGGUGUCUCAGCCGUAUUACCUGCUGUCCGCGCUGCUCUCCGUCUCCUUCCUCCUUAUCCGGAAGGUUCCGCCGGUGUGCACAGCCCUGCCGACCCAGCGGGAGGACGGGAACCCCUGUGACUUUGACUGGAGAGAAGUGGAGAUCCUGAUGUUCCUCAGCGCCAUCGUCAUGAUGAAGAAUCGCCGCUGCAUCACCAUUGAACAACAUCUUGGGAACAUCUUCAUGUUCAGUAAAGUCGCCAACACCAUCCUGUUCUUCCGCCUGGAUAUCCGCAUGGGCCUCCUGUACGUCACCCUGUGUCUGGUCUUCCUCAUGACCUGUAAGCCUCCGCUCUAUCUCGGCCCGGAACAUAUCAAGUAUUUCAGUGAUAAAACCAUUGAGGAGGAGAUGCAGUCGGAUCGACGCGUUACGUGGAUUGUAGAAUAUUUCGCGAACUGGUCUUCGGAGUGUCAGUCCUUCGCCCCCAUUUACGCAGAGUUGUCCCUGAAGUAUAACUGCGCCGGACUGAAAUUCGGCAAAGUGGAUAUAGGGCGAUAUCCAGACGUCAGUACCAGGUACAACGUCAGCCCCUCGCCUCUGUCCAAGCAGCUGCCCACGCUCAUCUUGUUUCAGGGCGGCAAGGAGGUAUUGAGGCGACCGCAGGUGGAUAAGAAGGGGCGCGCCGUGUCCUGGAGCUUCACUCAGGAAAACGUCAUCCGGGAAUUCAACCUGAACGAGCUCUACCAGAAAGCCAAGAAAGUGUUCAAGACCCAAGACGAGGCCGAAACCGAGGAGCUUCCUCCCAUAGAGAGCAAGAAGGACCAGUAACUCCGGGGGCCCCUCACCCCCUGCCCCCCCCCCCCCCCAAUACUUAUGUAAAUAGAAUAGAACUAUCGUUCUGCCGCUGACUCCGCCCAUCAUCAUCCUCAUCAGUCAUUUUAGUGAAUGUAAUAGAAGCUUCACCAGUGUCGUUAUAUAUUCCAUUCCUCCCACCGCCACACUAAUUCUGCUAUCUUUGCGGCUGCGCGCAGUCCCCGCCGCCCGGUACCUGUACGCUGGAUCGCGAGGCUCCUCCGGGUAGGUGCACGCGUCAUGGACAUUGCUGAUCAUUUCAUAGGAGAGCCUACAAUAAACCGUUCUUCUUUAACCCUU